AUGGAUAUAGGGGAAGCUGAUAGCGCAGGCAAUGAUGGCAUCGGUACUUCAUCAUCAUCUUCUCCAAAAGUCGCUCCAAACCAUGUUUGGGCCAAAAUAGAGGCAAUUGAAAGCUCCAAUCGUGCCCGGCUACGACUGCCUCCUAGCUUACGUCCUGGACUUUUGGCAGACGGUCGUCUACUUACCCAUUCUGAGAAGGAGGUCGAUGAUGACAAUGAUAUAGAUGAGCAUGAAGGCAGUGAUGUCAAGUCACGCUUUGUUCCUGAAAUGGUGGAGGACCCGCCUGAGGAAGCAAAUGAGAGUAGUAACUCUCAUAAAUACGAGAGUGGUUAUUCCCACCCAAUUCGAAUGCCCGCAAGCUUGGAAGACGAGCUCCAGGAAGCGGAAGAAGGUACCAUGCUUCAUACAAACGAAAGUGGUUGUUCCAAGGUGGCCAAGAGCUCUGGAAGGCGGCAAGAUCAGUUCGCGGAGGCGGGAGAGGAUACCUACUCCGACGAGUAUGAGACGGAAAGUCCAGAAGAUCGACUCAUGGAAGCGGGAGGGGAUGCUUAUUUUGAUGAGUACGAAAGUGAUGAUUCUGAACCAGUUCAUAGUUCCGACCCCGGAGAUGGGCGGCACCAGGGAAGUGGUGAUGCCGAACCGGUCCAGAUCCCACAAAGCUCAACCAGUCAGUCCCAGGAUAACUCCGCAACAAUACUCUCCCGCAACGACUUAACGGAACAGGUUUUGGACUAUCUCCAGCAUUCGAUGCUUGAAGACGUUUACGGGGAUCUCCUAUCCCACCCCCGCAGGCUCAGGUACGAACCGAAAUGGCCUAGAGAAUCCGGUAAUGCUGAAGCUAUUCUGCGGCAGCCUAAAAGCCGAGCAGAAGCCAACGCUAAGUUCGAAGAACUCGUGGGGCCCCUGCGCGGCUGGCAUAAGCUAUCUGAAAACAAGAAUCCGACUGAGACCCUCCUUCUGCAGGAAAAGAUCAAUUCUAUCCUUAGCCAACAUCGCCAGAAGCAGUGUGCACUGCCACCGCUUGAAAUUUGUUCAGGAGACUUCUUGCUCUACCACAACCUUCCAGACGCCGUAAAGGAAGUGACUGUCUGGUCGCUGAUCAACAGCGCCCAUAAUGCUAUUCGACGAGAAAAUUGGGUGGCCGCAGUAGGACUUGCCACCAAAGCCAUUCGAUUUGCUAAUCCACUGAAAUAUGCACCCCUUGUUUCUAAAUGUUGGUUUUGGAGAGGUAUGGCAAUGGAUGGUCUGGUCGCGGCAAAGAAGACAAGUCGCAAAGAGGCAGCUGAAUGUUUCCUGGAGGCCAUGCGAUGCAUUGGUAUCUAUCAAGAAGGAGAGCUGUUGAAAGAGGCAGCUGCGGAGUAUAAGUUCGAGCUACUGGACCUACUAGAGGAGCAACGUGGGCAGGACGAAUGGUCUCAGCACCUGGGACGACUCCUAACUGGCAUUGACGGUUGGUUUCAGCCUGAAGGGAAAAUACAACCACGCCCAUCACCUCCUUUAGUUCCACAAGAUUGCUGGCCAGAGGACACUAUAUGGGCAGACAUCGAUCCGGAUGACUGGAGCCUGGCAUCACAGGCUUCGUCGGAAGAGCAGCUUGAUGAGUAUUUAGAUCAGCUCAGUAGGUACGCUGAUCCUAAAUGGUUCAGCAGUGGUUCACUCCGGCAGCGAAACGUCGAUUGGGCCAUAGUAAGUAGAGUCGAAGAAGUAGCUCAAAGGUCUACUUAUAUAAAGAAAGAGAUGUUGUAUCAGCUCUGCAGAGGACUCUCUCCUGCAUUUGAGCAAAUGGUACAGGCUGAGACAUUCACGGAGGGCUUCGAUAACUAUCCCGAUAUCGAAGAGUCCAUUGCUUGGAAAAUACUGAAUUAUACCAGAGUCAAGGCACGGCUUAAGAGACCAAUAGCGCCGCUUAGAGAGGAGCUUACACCGACAGACAUGAGUGUCACCACAGUCGAUGACUCAGCAGAACUCGACCCACAAUCUCUGCCUGAUGAAUCCAGGGCAAAUGGUGGUCCAAAUGUCGAGAAAUCUUUCCGUGUGCGGCAUGGUGGGCUCAACAGAGGCCAUCAGUUAACAAUCAGUACAAAUAACUUCAAUGAACCGGGCCCUUCACAUGGAACUCCCACAGGCAUGAGGAAACGAAUGCUAAGGGUCUGCAUCACGGCAGAAGAGAAGAUAGCGGCAUUCCAGCAUAACCUCCUUGACGAAGAGAAUGAAGGCCAAGGAAGAUCGAAAGUGCGGCUCGAGCUGGAAAACAAUCCUCAGUGGCAAUACGCCAUUAAGACACUAGAGGCGCAUUUUGACCAGCACGUCCAACAAGAAAUGGCAGCAUCCAAAGUCGGGUUAAGCAGCGCACAAGACAUGGUUACAUGCAGGAACGAGGAUUACCUUCGGUCAACGUGGGGUGAUGAAGGAGUACGGCCACCAACACCAGCUCUGACUCGACAAGCCAGAGAGCAAAGACUACAAGAACGCCGACUCGUAAACGAGCGUUCACUGAAACGCUUUAACGUGGAAAUGGAAUACAUGACUUACCAAAGGAAGUGUGGUAUAUAUGCUCGACUACCCAAGGAAAGACAGGAGUGCAUCGCAGAGCCGAAAAGGCCAUCAGACACGCGUAUUGACUGGUUUGAGCAGGAAGUGGAAAAGAUGAGAGUGGGAAGUGUGACUUCGCACGGUUUGACUCUCACCACAGUUGAUGGCAGCCAUUCCAGGGAACGUCUUGCGACUAUUGGCGGUUCUGAGGCAGACGAAGCAGGAACAGAAAGCAGAGGUCAAGACCACAUCCAUCAUAUCUCCCCUUUACGUCCUCAGCAGCGAUCCUGGCAACCCUCUCCCACCAGAAUAGGUGAUGAGAGCUCUGACGAAGACGAUGCUCCCAUCGACUCUAUUAGCAGCGCUGGCGGUGAAGUCAAUCCUCAGGCACAUACAGAGGUUGACAGCCUCCUGGACCAGCCAAACACUCGACAGCUCAAAGCAAAACUUGGUAUAGAUGCCAUGACUGAAGCAAUGCAAAAAGCUCUCUUGAAGGACCAAGUGAUCAGCUUAGAGGAUUUGGUUCUUGUUGGUGAGAGCGCCAUUGGUGCAACAUUGAGCCGGUCGAACUCUUUAUGUAGUCCAGCGCUCGAGCGAGAUAGUAUAUGGGAUGAGGACACAGACGGAGUUCGACUCGAUCCAAGCCAAGUCAAGGCAAUACCAGAAACCCGCACGAAGGAAGUCAUGGCACCGGAGGGGAAUAUACCAAUGUUUCAGGACAACGUUCCGGCUCUAAGAAGUGGCGUUUUCCAGACCAAACCUCUCACGACCAGCAUCUUUCAGAGUCAAGCUGUCAAUACAGAGAACAACCCCCAGCCUCAAGCGCCCACAAGCAACAUAUUUGGACUCCCACCCCUAAGCAUUACAUUUGGGAGUUCAACACCAAGCAAUGCCGCUCCAAGCCAAACCGCGCCCCCUAAAAACAUCUUCGGACUUCCAUCCGUGAACACGAGCAUGUUCGGCGCGGCAGCCACAAGCGGUACUUUCCCAAAUCAGCCCUCCGCUACGAGCAACAUCUUCCCUACUCAACCACCCACUACAACCAGCAUCUUCCCAUCUCAACCACCCACUACAACCAGCAUCUUCCAAAGCCAACCUACCACCACAAGCAACAUUUUCGGAGCUCAAGCCACAAGCACAAGCAUAUUCGAUACAGCUGUAGACUUCAACCAGCCAGCGACCCUGUCGACAACUUUCCAGAAUCCCUUCGCCAAUCUCAUCAAGCAAGCACCUCAAGUCCCAAGUGCGGGCGACGAUCUGAAUGAUAGAAAUGACGCCGACGAUGAAGGUGAGGAUAAUACCAGGAAGGUGGAAAAGCAGGCGGAGGUGGAGGAGGAUGUCAAGGGCGUUCAGCUACAUCGCCAGGCCUUGAAUAGCGUCGAUGAGCUAGAUGAUGGUGAAGGUGCAGACAAUGAAAAGGAGGAUGAGGAUGAGGAUGAUAUUAGGAAGGCACAAGAGGGGGUGGACCGGAUAGGUGGGAGUUAUAUAGAGGAGCAGAAGGAGGAGGAUACCAUUUCAGAAACAGAGACUUGA